GCGCAUGCGCGGCUCCCGAAGCGCGCAGCGCAACGUUCGGUGGUGCGCUGUGUCCCACAGAUACAGCAGAUCACCGAUCCACGGAAAGAGCCGAAGAUACCGGCUCGGUCAUGUGAGCAGCUGUGUCCAAUCACAGCUGAUCACAUCCCCAGCAGCGCCACCUGUCAGUUUCCAUCAGUGCCAGCUCUCAAUGCUCAUCCAUGCCACCUGCCAGUGCCCAUCAGUGCCACAUCAGUGCCACAUUUCAGUGCCCAUCAGUGCCACAUCAAUACCACAUAUCAGUGCCCAUCUGAGCUGCCUUUCAGUGCCACCUAUCAGUGCUGCCAAUCAGUGCCACCUAUCAGUGCUGCCAAUCAGUGCCAUCUAUCAGUGCCAGCCAGUGCAGCCUAUCAGUGCC